AUGUCCAUGCUGUACUACACUCUGAUUAUAGCUUUUUUGCUCGGCAUACAGGCAGCACCAAAGUCAGAGGACAAUGCUCCAUGGGGGUUUCCUGCAGGACCCACCAUUCCAAAUAUCCAUCGGACUAAAGCAAAUCACAUUCCCAAGGCAGCUCAACACACAGCCAAUCAUCACCUUGCUGGGAAGGUAGACAGCAGAGAAGCUGGACAGGCAGCAAACAUCACUGUGGAUCCAAAGCUUUUCAGAAAGAGACGAUUCCGGUCCCCUCGGGUUCUGUUCAGCACGCAGCCCCCUCCAGUGUUGGGGGAUGGACAGAACAUGGAGUAUUUGGGCAGUGCAGAUUCUCUUAACAGGACUAUUCGAACCAAGCGGACUGCUCAUCCUGUGCUGCACCGGGGAGAAUUCUCAGUUUGUGACAGUGUCAGCAUGUGGGUUGGGGACAAAACCACAGCUACUGACAUCAAAGGCAAAGAGGUGACAGUGCUGGGAGAGGUGAACAUUAACAACAAUGUUUUCAAGCAGUACUUUUUCGAAACCAAAUGCAGGGACCCUAAGCCAGUCUCCAGUGGGUGUCGGGGAAUUGAUGCUAAGCACUGGAAUUCCUACUGCACCACCACGCACACCUUUGUCAAAGCACUGACAAUGGAAGGCAAGCAAGCAGCCUGGAGAUUUAUCCGAAUCGAUACUGCAUGUGUGUGCGUGCUCAGCCGGAAAACAGUGAGACCUUGA